AACGACUACUUGUUUGUGCAAGCCACCAGCUCGCCCGUGGCCGAAGGGUCCGACGCCACGGUCACCAGCAAGCUCACCAUCAUCUUCAAAAACAUGAAGGAAUGCAUCGACCAGAAAGUCUACCAAGCUGAGCUCGACAACCUCCCAGCAGCCUUCGAGGACGGCUCCACCAACGGGGGGGAGAGGCCGGGGGGCAGCAGUUUGGCCAUCAGGGAGCUCAGCCCCGGGAGGCACGUGGAGAUCCGCGCCCGUUACAUCGGCACCACCAUCGCCGUCCGGCAGGCGGGCCGCCAGCUCUCCUUCUCCAUCCGCGCCGCCGAGGAGGUGGCCGAGGCCUUCCCCCAAGAGCAAGACCUUCAGCUCUGCGUGGGGGGAUGUCCCCAAAGCCAACGGAUCUCCCGUAGCCCCUGCUGCCCGGGCCCCGCCGCGGCCGAAGCCGCCCGGGCUCUCUGCAAGGAGAUGUUGCCCGUGGAGGACGUCUACUUCCAGUCGUGCGUCUUCGACGUGGUGACCUCCGGGGAUGCCAACUUCACCAUGGCGGCUCACGGGGCGUUGGAGGAUGCCAGGGUCUUCUUGCCCAACGUGGAGAAAUUGCACAUCUUCCAAGCUGGGGCGGGUUGCCCGAGUGUUUCUCCUUCUUUCGUCCUCCUCCUCCUCGUCCUCGCUGGUCUUUGGGGUGUUUCGUGGCACUUUUAA